AUGAAGGCAGCACAUACCUCCUUGGCGGCGGCUACGCUGUUCUCCUCUCUCGCAUCGGCCGUCGAGAACCUCAGUGUUUCCGGCGCCAACUUCGUCUCCAACGCGACCGGAGACCGAUUUGACAUUAUUGGCGUCACAUACCAGCCUGGUGGAUCAGCAGGUUUCACUGGGAAGGCCGACCCUCUCAGCGAUGCAGACGCCUGUCUUCGAGAUGCUAUCCUCAUGCAACAGCUGGGUGUGAACACGAUCCGUGUCUACAACCUGUCGCCUGACCUGAACCACGAUGAAUGUGUCUCGAUUUUCAACGCCGCUGGCAUGUACAUGAUUAUCGACGUCAACAGCGGUCAAUCCGGCGAAUACAUUGAUCGUUCUGACCCCUCGUCCACAUACACCAAGGAUUACAUGAACCACAUUUUCGCCGUUGUCGAGGCCUUCUGGGACUACCCCAAUCUGCUGGGCUUCUUUGCCGGCAAUGAGAUCCUGAACGAGGACAGCGACAAGAGCGCACCGGCUUACAUUCGUGCCGUGGUUCGUGACCUCAAGGAGUACAUCGCUCUGCAUGCGCCCCGGGACAUUCCCGUCGGUUACUCUGCUGCAGAUGUCGCUACUAUGCUCAAAGACACCUGGGCCUACCUUGGAUGUUCGCUUGAGAACUCGACUUAUUCGAGAAUGGAUUUCUUCGGCCUGAACGACUACGAAUGGUGUGGUGACUCUUCUUUCACCGAGUCCGGCUACAGUACGCUCGUUACGAACUUUGCCGACACGAACAUUCCUGUGUUCUUCUCCGAGUACGGUUGCAACAACGUCAAGCCCCGAACUUUCACCAACGUCCCUGUUCUGUAUGGUGACCAGAUGAGCGUGCUGUCCGGCGGUCUUGUCUACGAAUACAGCCAGGAGUCUGACGAGUACGGACUCGUUGCUAUCAACAGCUCUACGGAGGUCACACUGACUCAGGACUACCAAUACCUGAAGGAGCAAUACCUCAAGAUCGACAUGAGUGCCCUCACCUCUGUCAACGAGACCGCAGAGAAGCAGGAGACGACGGCUUGUGCUGCCUCUCUCAUUUCCGAGUCUACAUUCCUGUCCAACUGGGAUCUGCCCGAGCGCCCCAGCGGUGGUGAUGACCUCGUUACUUCUGGAAUCACAUCCGCUCCCAGUGGAGCCAUCACCAGUGUGACUGCCACUGACAUGCCUGCCACUGUUCACAACUACACUGGCGCUGAGGUCACAGGCCUGAGCCUGGUGCAACUCGGAUGCGCCGACAGCAACUCUCCCGGCCUCGCUGCUACAUACAGCGGAGGUGCAGAGACCUGCUCUUACGCCACCUCGACUGGCACCUCUGCCAAGAGCAGCAGCAGCUCCAGCGCUGGCAACAAUGUCAGCCCCUUGGCUGGCGCUGACUUCCAGGCGCUGGCGCUGGUUGGCUCUGUCCUUGCUGCCUUCCUCGGCGGAGUCAUGAUUCUGUAA